CCAGAUCAACAUGUUUAAGGAGGCACGCCUUUCCCGGCCUAUGCCAUACGGCGUGUGCGUAUCUCAGAAGACGUGCUCGAGGCUUUCCUCUCUAUUCAUGAACCGGAGAGAGACCGCAGUGGCCCCGCUGCUUCGCGGAGGUUCGUCUCGAGGGUGGCUUCCCCUCCGUCUUCAGUGGUGGAAGCCAGAGAAGCUGCGCGUGCGCACGAUGGGAGCCCGGCGCCCGCCAAUCGCGGUCGCGGCGGUUGACGCGGCCUGGGCGGAUCCUUGCAGAAGGCUGAGGGCUAGCUCUGGACUCCGGCUUCGCAGACAGGAGAAGGAAGUAGUGCUGGUGUUUCCUCAUUGAGUCGGGGAUGCCUCUCUUUGGGAGCAUAUUCAGCCCAAAGAAGACCCCUCCUCGGAAGUCGGCCUCUCUCUCCAACCUGCAUUCUUUAGAUCGGUCAACGCGGGAAUUGGAGCUGGGCCUGGACUAUGGAACCCCCACCAUGAACCUGGCGGGACAAAGCCUGAAGUUUGAGAAUGGCCAGUGGGUGGCAGACUCCGUGAUUAGUGGGGGUGUGGACCGGAGGGAAACUCAGCGCCUGCGCAAACGAAACCAGCAGUUGGAAGAAGAAAACAAUCUCCUGCGGCUGAAAGUGGAUAUUCUGCUGGACAUGCUUUCAGAAACCACUGCUGAGUCCCACUUAAAGGACAAAGAACUGGAUGAGCUGAAGAUUACCAACCGCAGGAGGAAGUGACAAGCCUGGGGACACUGGCUAGGAGACUAGAAAGAGCCCACUGACCAGGGGAGGAGGAUGUGGCAGAGCCCUUUGAUUUUUAGUCAGAUUAGUAGACAUGCCCUAGGAGAGAGCAUUAACAGGCCCUGGCUCCCUUGAACAGGGGAUAGGGAGGAGACAUGGGCUGGAAGAACCCAAGUGCCAGGCCAGGGCCAUAGCUAAGGGGACACCCCGGAUACACCUAGGGUGUCAGUCUAAAGCAUACCCCAGGAGGGCCUAGAAAUAAUAAGUCUGUGCUGUCAGCAGGUGAGAACAUAUAACUCUUCAUGUCUCAGAGUCACCGUGUUCAGACAGCUGGCAGCUCACCUGUUGAUACUGGUGUCUAGGGUUUGGCACUCCUUCCCGAGAGCACUUCAUGUGAGGGCACACAGCAAGUGGCUCUGGGUUGUCUGCACCCUGGCCCCUGAACCCCCAGCCAUAAUCUCUCUGCCUUUUAAUGAGCCCUCAUCCCCAAGUCCACAGCCUCCUCUGGAAUCACUCCGGCCUUCCACAGCACAUUGUAAUUUAUUCUAUUUUUAUUAAAUGGUGUUCAAUAAU